AACUAAUGUGUUUUAUAUGGGUUAGUAUGCUAAUUAUUUCAGAUUUUUCUUUACAAAAUAGAGGGAAUUUUUCUUUUCGCAUGGGUCAAAUGACGACCAUGGUUCUGUGCUAAUUCCGCCACUGAUUUAGAGCAAACCUGGAAAUAGAAUGAGACGAUAGAGGGGUCCUUUGACGACAGUGUUUGAAUGUACAGUGAACAAAUAUAUAUAUGAUUACAUAUCUCGCAAAAAUUAUUGCAUAUAACACAAUCCAGAUGUACUGAUCAGAGUCCUCUUGAUAAAAUUUCGACCAAAUGCCUAAAUGAUUAGCAAUAGUUGCCCACAUAAUAAAUUUAUUAUUAAGACUCACAAUAGAUCCUUAAAACACUAUGACCAAAAGUUCUAGUAUUUUUAAAAAAAAAUCAUUCACUCCCAGUAUUCUGAUUAUUAAUUAUUAUUAUUUUUUUUUUGAUCAACUUCUGAUUAUUAAUUAUAUUAUGUACUAAAGAUAUAAUAGCAAAUCAACAUACUUGAUGCUUAAGCAUGGAAACUCAAAGAGAGACACAUAAGCUCCUCUAGUAUCACAAACACCAAACUGCAGGGUGUACUGGAUCAAGCAUUUUAUUUGGUAUACAUUUUUAUUUAUGAUUGGUUGGAUUUAUUACCUAGUGGCAUUAAUUAUAUUUGUGAGAAAAUGCUUAAUGUAGUCAUAGUCUGUACUCUCUGUCUAUCAUGUCUUUCAAAUGAGUUUGUCUUGGAUCUCGUGAAGAAAAUCUAAAAGGUAUUAAUAAUGCGGCCCUGGAAAAUCACAAAAGUACUUUUACAAUAGAUAUUUUUCCUAAAAAAGUGUUAAAGACAGAAUUUUUUCUUCUAAAAGUAACAAAUCAAUGAUAAAAUAACUUAUAAUUACACAUAAGAAAUUAUUUAAGAAAAGAAGGAUAGCUAUAAUCACAAAGAAAAUAUAUUGUUUCACCUUUUGGUUAGUGUAAGCCAUAAAAAGUAACAAAUCAAUGAUAAAAUAACUUAUAAUUAUAAUUUUAAGUUACAAAAAAAAAACUUAUAAUUACACAUAAGAAAUUAUUUAAGAAAAGAAGGAUAGCUAUAAUCACAAAGAAAUUAUAUUGUUUCACUUUUGGCUUAGUGUAAGCCAGAAAAUGUAACAAAUCAAUGAUAAAAUAACUUAUAAUUAAUUACACAUAAGAAGUUAUUUAAAAAAGAAGGACAGCUAUAAUUACAAAGGCAAAGAUUUUGUUUCACCUUUUGGUUUAGUGUAUACAUGGUCAAUACAAUGCAUCUAGCAUAUUACUUACCAAAUGAUUCAUGAAUCACAAGUGAAAUGUUAUCUACUUAUCUAUCUUAACUUGCUUUCCAUAGAGAAAAAUAACUAAAUUUGACUUUUUAUUACCAUUAAAGACUUAUAUGACACAUAUUGGUCUGAUUUUCUUCCUUUAUUCCUUACUACCCAUUAGAAUAUUUAUAUAAAGUCAUAUUCACAGCCAAGCACACAAUAAACCAUUCCUUUAUAUAAAUAAAAAAAGAUGUUUCUUUCUUGAAAUGUGGUUUGUUUCCACUAUAUAAGUCUGGUUGCAAUACAAAUCGUAAUUAUUGAAAAAGUGACAACUUGCACCGCGAAUCUCGCUCUCAAUUAUCUAAUUUGUAAUGUUAUACUAUUAUUUUAUUGUAUUGCAUUAAUCAAAAAUGAUAAAAUAAAACUAUACAUUAAAAACGGUGUCGUAGUAGCGACUCAUCCUCAUUUUUUUUUUGCAACAUGGCCUCGUUGGAUACAUAAAAAGCGUUACAGGCACGUCUGAGUCAGAGCAAGAGUUCAAAAAUCCACAUGCGACGUCGUAAUGGCUGGAGUAGCCGUCUCUCCCGCUUCUCUGCUCGACGUCAUCGCUGAGAUCGCAGAGAUUUCGGCGAACACGGGGGUGUUUAAGAAGGACUGCGCCGAUCUCGCGAGGAGAGUUUGUCUAUUGACGCAUUUGGUUGAGGAGAUUCGGGAUUCUCCGCAGACGCCGACGGCGGAGGAAUCUGAUGCUUCGUCUUCUUGUGAAUGUGAUUGGUGGUCUGAUCUUGUGGUGGGGCUUCAAGCGGCGAAGCGUCUUCUAAGUGCAGCCACUUGUUUCCAGGCUCGCGAAUCAUCUGAGGGUGCUGCGAAGAGAAUAUCAUUCCAGUUCCAAUGUGUUACAUGGAAGCUGGAGAAAGCACUAGGAAACUUGCCUUAUGACCGUUAUGACAUCUCUGACGAAGUCCGCGAACAUGUGGAACUAGCAAGAUUGCAGUUGAGAAGAGCAAUGCAGAGAUACGGAUCUCUGAACUCAAAGAAAUUCUCCACUGCUCUAUCCGAGCCAAUGGAGAAAGAUGCAUCGAGAAAAGUCACUGAGAAGUUGGAGUGUAUUCCAGAAACAAUACACUCCAACAUCCCUUCAUCAGAUGAGAAGAAGUUAGAGUCACCACCGCGAAGGAAGAGCUCUUCAGUUUCCUUAGCUUUCUUCUUAUCAAAAGACGCUGAUAACGAGAGGUUAGAGAAAGCAAUCACAAAGACCAAUGAUGACGACUCGAAAAAAUCAGACAACCUCACUAUCCCCGAGGAUUUUCUUUGUCCAAUCUCGCUGGAACUGAUGAAGGAUCCUGUCAUUGUCUCCACAGGACAGACAUACGAGAGGUCUUACAUACAAAGAUGGAUAGACUGUGGGAACCUGAGAUGCCCCAAGACUCAGCAGAAACUCGGAAACUUCGCUCUUACUCCAAACUACGUCCUCAGAAGCCUCAUCUCUCAGUGGUGCACUAAGCACAACAUCGAGCAGCCUGGUGGCUACACCAAAAACUGUGAAGGCGACAUGUCGAAGAUACGUGCAUUGGUUCGGAAGCUCUCGACACGGUCCCUACAAGACCGAAGGACCGCGCUUUCUGAGAUCCGGUCUCUGUCGAAACGAAGCUCAGACAACAGAAUCCUCAUUGCUGAAGCUGGAGCCAUCCCUAUUUUAGUGAAACUCUUGACGUCAGAGGACGUCGAGACGCAGGAGAAGGCUGUCACUUGCGUUCUUAACCUCUCGAUCUACGAGAGCAACAAGGAGCUGAUCAUGCUGGCAGGUGCAGUCACGUCUAUAGUGCAAGUUCUGAGAGCUGGAACCGAGGAAGCUAAAGAGAACGCUGCGGCUACACUCUUUAGCCUCUCGUUGGCUGACGAGAACAAGAUUAUCAUUGGUGCAUCUGGUGCGAUACCUGCUUUGGUGAAUCUCCUUGAGAACGGUAGCGUGAGAGGGAAGAAAGACGCUGCGACUGCUCUGUUCAACUUGUGUAUAUACGAAGGGAACAAAGGAAGAGCGGUUAGAGCUGGUGUUGUGAACCCGUUGGUGAAAAUGCUGAGUGAUACCUCGAGUCACAGGAUGGUCACUGAAGCUUUGACUAUUCUCUCGGUUCUAGCGGGUAACCAAGACGCUAAGACCGCGAUGUUGAGGGCUAAUGCGAUACCGUGUUUGAUAGCGUUGCUACAGAAGGAUCAGCCUAGGAACCGGGAGAACGCGGCGGCGAUAUUGUUUGCUAUUUGCAAGAGAGAUAAGGAGAAGCUGAUCUUGAUUGGUAAACUUGGAGCUGUUGUUCCGUUGAUGGAACUAUCGAGAGAUGGUACGGAGAGAGCUAAGAGGAAAGCUAGUUCUUUGCUUGAGCUGCUCCGCAAAUCAUCUCAAAAAUUAUGCUAAAAUAUAUAGCUCUUUAAUGAAUAAAAAAGAUUUGAAAAUUAACUUCAUUACCAGAGAAAGCUCUCUGGUUUAAUUUUUAGUUUAAUUUGGUUGGAUGUUUAUCUGAAAUGUUUAUGUUCUGUGAUGAUUUUUGAGUUUUGUUUGAAGACUAAUAUUAUUUGUGAAGGUGGUAUAUAGAGUUGCGAGAAUCGAUCUCUUUUUACUCA